CCAAGUAUGCGCGCUCCCUCUCGCGCGGCGCGUCCCCGGUAUACUUGAGCGCGCUCGCGGCCGCUGCGGGUUCACUCGCUGCACGAUGGCGGAGGGAGGCGGACCCGAGUCGGGUAACGCUUCGGACCCCGACGAGAAGCCGGUGAUCGCACAGACACCAGUACCGUCCACCGAGAGUCAAAAGCAGAGCAUCGGCACACUGCUAAAAACGCCACUUCGAAAGGGAGACGAGUGGUAUUUGAUUGACAGCCGGUGGUUCAAACAGUGGAAGAAAUAUGUGGGCUUUGACAGCUGGGAUUUGUACAAUGUUGGAGAGCACAAUCUGUACCCGGGACCCAUUGACAACUCUGGACUCUUUUCAGAUCACGAGUCUCAGACGUUGAAAGAGCAUCUCAUAGAUGAGUUAGACUAUGUUUUAAUGCCUACAGAGGCCUGGAAUAAGCUGGUCAGCUGGUAUGGCUGUCUGGAGGGUCAGAAACCCAUCAUCAGAAAGGUUGUUGAACAUGGAAUGUUUGUGAAGCACUGUAAAGUGGAAGUGUAUUUGCUUGAGUUGAACCUGUGCGAGAAUGACAACAUGGACAAAAUUGUCACCCGCCAUUUCAGCAAAGCAGACACUAUAGAUACUAUUGAAAAGGAGAUGAGGUCUUUAUUCGAUAUCCCUUCUGAAAAGGAAACUCGACUUUGGAAUAAAUAUAUGAGUAACACUUAUGAACAACUUAACAAGCUUGACAGCACCGUACAGGACGCAGGGCUUUUUCAGGGCCAGGUUCUUGUUAUAGAGAAGAAGAAUGAGGAUGGCACAUGGCCCAGACAGACCUGCCAUUCAAAGUCCAGUACUUCCACCUCUCGGAAUUAUACAACCUCCCCAAAACUCUCUUCAAACUCAUCUGCCACCAUAUCCUCCACAAUAACAAAUGGGGAUAGCAAUAGCAACUCUGGCUACAUGUUGAACAACAGUACUUCUGGUAACAGACUGGGAAGUUACAACUCCUACAGCUCCUCCUACAAUUACAGAGAAUCUGCUGCUCAGCCAGGCCUCUGCGGUCUGAGCAACCUGGGCAACACCUGCUUCAUGAACUCUGCCCUCCAGUGCCUGAGCAACACUCCCCCUCUAACGGAAUAUUUCUUGGAGGACCGGUACGAAGCUGAGAUCAACCGGGAAAAUCCAUUAGGGAUGCGAGGGGAGAUUGCAGAGGCCUAUGCGGAUCUGGUUAAACAGAUGUGGCUUAGUCGGAGCAGUUAUGUGGCUCCACGCACUUUUAAAACCCAAGUGGGCCGGUUUGCCCCGCAGUUCUCAGGGUACCAGCAACAAGACUCUCAGGAGCUGCUGGCCUUUCUGCUGGACGGCUUACAUGAGGACCUUAACCGUGUUAAGAAGAAGCCUUAUCUGGCCCUGAGAGAUGCUGAGGGGCGGCCUGAUGAGGUUGUAGCCAAGGAAGCAUGGGCGAAUCACCGGUUGCGGAACGAUUCAAUAAUUGUGGACAUCUUCCAUGGCUUGUUCAAAUCUACGCUGGUUUGCCCAGAAUGCUCCAAAGUUUCUGUUACCUUUGACCCCUUCUGCUACCUCACACUGCCCCUGCCCAUGAAAAAGGAUCGCACUAUGGAGGUGUUCCUGGUCCACACUGACCCACAGUUUAGACCCAUGCAAUAUCGUGUAGUUGUUCCCAAAAUGGGUGUAGUGGCAGACCUGUGCAGCGCUUUGGCCAAGCUAUCUGGAGUUCCUUCAGAGAAUAUGGUUGUGGCAGAUGUUUACAAUCACAGAUUCCACAAAAUCUACAGACAGGAUGAUGGUCUCAAUCACAUCAUGGAGAAGGAUGACAUUUUUGU